AUGAACCAACAGUGCAAAGUAUGUGGGGAACCAGCGGCCGGGUUCCACUUCGGAGCAUUUACAUGCGAAGGGUGCAAGUCAUUCUUCGGUCGGUCGUACAACAAUCUCUCCUCGAUAUCAGAGUGCAAAAACAACGGCGAAUGUAUCAUUAACAAAAAGAAUCGAACGGCAUGCAAAGCGUGUCGGCUGCGCAAAUGUCUUAUGGUCGGGAUGUCCAAAAGCGGAUCCCGGUAUGGUCGGCGAUCGAACUGGUUCAAAAUCCACUGUUUGUUGCAGGAGCAGCAGCAAGCGGCGCAACAGCAAGCUGCCAACAGCCAGAAGCCGGGUCAACCGCCGGUUCAUGGAAUGUUUGGCCCUCCUGGUGCGUAUCCCCACGGAAUGUACCGGCCUCCUUGUACCAAGGAAGAACUGAUGCUUCUCGGGUUGGAAGAAUAUAGCAAACAUCCUUCGGCAUCGCCCUCAGUGAGCUCUCCCGAUAGCCACAACUCGGAUAGCUCCAACGAGAUCAACGAUCGUCGAAACGCUCUGCUGCGUCAGGGUAAACUGCAUGAUGCGUCCUCAAUCAACAAAGAACUGUUCCUGCCGCUACCCUUCGGAGGGCUACCGCUGAUGCCACCGCCAGGGUUCCUUCCUCCGUCGCACCUAAUGUUUCCCGGAUUCCACCCUGCUCUGUAUCCACACCAUCAGGGUCUACUGAAACCGGCUGAUCCGACAACGAUCCUCAGCAGUUCGCCGCUUGCCAACAACAACAGUCGCUUCACACCAAAUCACAAUACCAGUACCCACAACAACAACAAUAACACGAGCAAUAACAACAACAGUAGUGCUCCCGCGCAAACCGAAACCAAAUCACCGGAUUCGUUCUCGAAACGUUUCUACCUAGAUGCGAUCCUCGAAUCACAACGGUGUCCCAGCAAUGAAACCGCCGGCAGUGCGAAGGAGGAACCCGAACCCGAGGAGGUCGUCCCAGCUACCAUGACGCCGCCACGAUCACCGACGAUAGUUCGCGGAACCGUCCAGCAGGACAAUCCUAUCGACCUAAGCAUGAAAACUGGCAGCAGUUGCUCCUCGGAGGAUCACCGAACCUCUGUAUCUUGCGCGGACAGUGACGACGAACAUCUGGUAGUCGUUUCCAACGAUCGCAACUCACCUCCCGUUGCGAACCCGUUACUACCCAAAUACACCAAUAACAACACCCUGCCGAACAACAACAACAAUAACAACAGCCAUCAUCAGUACUAUCCGCAUCAUCCGUAUCACAACAACCAGCAUCACAUCCAGCGGCACCAGAGUCCUUCGUCACUGGUGCGAGGGAGCGGGAGCGACUCGGAAAUCGAAGACACCGAAACUGAAUACGAGCGGGAGGUGAAACGGAUGAAAGUGCAAGGUACGACCCCACUGGAUCUGACUACGAAAGUGUGA